UCCUGCACACACGCGAUCACAAUAAUAGCAAGUCACGCUCAAAGAUCGCCCGGAUGCUCGUGCCGUACAAAGUACUGCAUUGAGAGGUAACACUGCGGGGUGUUAAGACUGGUCGGCCGCAGGCGACGCCGCAUCACACCGUCUGGAUUAUUUUUGCCAUGGACAAACUGGUGAUUUUUCUGUUCUUAUGUCUCUGUAGUCUAUCUGACGUUUAGAUCGAAAACAAGGAAAGACUCGUAACAGCAGGUUCGUGGUAGUGACCAUUGUGCACUUAGCAAGAGACCCUUCGUGAAAGACCUAUUUCUGACCUGUGACAAAAAUCAUAAAUAUCAACUCGCUCCUCCUUGAUUGACAUAUCCAGAGUUCAAUUUUGUAGUUUUUGUUUUGUUUACUGGAAAACAACUCGGCAAAACGUCAACAAAGGUGGAGUUUUACGGAUGUGCAGCGUCAAGUGGUAUUACGGUAUAGCUAGGGAUAAAUGACGUUAGAAGUGUACUUAGCACGUGAAUCUCCGAGAUAAAACUUUCUGGGGAAAACAAGAAACGAUAAUAAAAGUAAACGUCAGUUGAUCUUAAGUUGGUCAUCGGUCUACAUUCAUAUUUGUAAGCAACGUUAUCGGCUACUGACCCAGCAGGUAAUGCAUCACUGAAACGUGCGAAGGAAGUAACCAAAGUUGGUGAUCACUGUGCUCAAACGAUUUGGAUUAACAACUAAGCCUAUAUGCUCUGCCCAUCCACUUAAGUCUCAGUCGAGCCGACCCUGACUCUUGAUAAACGUAGCUGCCACUUUGUGACUAAAAGAAACUCUGAAGGUUGCCGUGAAGUCAUAAUACCUGCAUGGGGAUAGACUCCGAGAACCAAUGAUCGGAGCUGCCAUGUCGAAAGACAGUGAGGCCGAGAAGCGCGCCAGCAGUGCCGACGAUGACAGCGGACACGAGUCGGCUAGCGAUCUGUCUAUUCGGACUAAGUUCACCAAUUUCUUUAUCGACAACAUCCUCCGUCCGGACUUCGGACGAUGCACUUACGAGGAGGAAGAAGAAGGAGAAGAAGAUGGAGGCAAAAGAGACGAUAAUAACGAGAUUAAGCAAACCAAAACUACUGGGAAAGUGAGGAAAGGAGAAGUAGUGAACGAGAAGGGAUUGAAACAAGAUCAGUGGCCAGCCUGGGUUUAUUGUACUCGGUACUCAGAUAGACCAUCUUCUGGACCACGAACUCGGAAGAUCAAAGCUCGUACAUCAAUCGCUGAUGGAGCCGCCUCGAGGCGGGACGAGAAGCGCCCCCGCACGGCUUUCAGUGCACAACAGCUUCAGCGGCUCAAGCACGAGUUUCAGCAGAGUAACUAUCUGACAGAAGAGCGCCGUCGCGGAUUGGCGGCAGAGCUCCGUCUGAAUGAGUCGCAAAUCAAGAUCUGGUUUCAGAAUAAGCGAGCUAAGAUCAAGAAAGCUAACGGGAUGCGUAAUUCGUUAGCUCUGCAACUGAUGAAACAGGGGUUGUACAACCACUCCACUGUUGCUGUUGUAGCGGUCGAAAGUGAAGACAAGUCCAAGUCUACAAUGGAGAAGGCCACCAGUUUAUCAACGUCGUAAUUUGAGCCACAAUAUAUCAAGACCAGUCUUAAAAUGGAAAAUGAUAUUGGCUUAAAAGCCAAUCUGAACUUAAGGACAUUAUCCUUUUUCCGACAGCAAAACUUUGAAACACAACUUGCAUUAUAUUUACAUAGGAUCGUGGUGUAGGAAAAUGUUUAGGCUUGAAAGCAAAGUUUUCUUGUCACAUCAUUCCACUCACAUUUCGCUCAUAUUUCUGAAUGUCAUCAGGCAUUACACGGAUCACAACUCACAACCGUCCGGAGUAGAUUCCUUCAAGAUAACGUCCCAGAUAAACGGAUUACUUGGACCUGUGUUGUGAUCUUGAUCGUCGGUCUCGGAAAUUGAGUAAAGCCUGUUACAUGGCAUGAUGUCCUUACUGACAAACGAGCUCCAGUAAUCAAUCUUUCGUUUUCGAGAUAUCCUUAAGCCUAGAUUUGUUUCUACUGCAUGUAAUUACAUACCGGUACAAGGUGUGAUAUAUGGCAUGUCGGUGCUAAUCCUGGAGAGGUAUAUUGGAAGGCUGCCCCCAACGUUUGUAUUAUUAUGAUGAUGCUCAGUCAACGGCUCAAAAGAGGGCGCUACAGCUUCCAUUUUGUGCAGAAAGAUUAUGGCACAUUAUGUACAUGUUGCGCCCUGGCUCAGAGAGCAGAAGUUGUCUUCGCUUUUAUUGAAGUAAGCGUAUACGGUUGAUGGUGCUUUGUCGUUCCGGCAACCACUAAAUGCGUGGAUGGCAUGGAGAUUGUGCCAACAAUCUUUUUGUGAUAAAUUGUACAUAAAAGGUAAAUUAUAUCAUAUUGCAUGGAUUAUCACUGACGUAGACGUGUCGUCAUGCUCGUAAGAGCAGACCUUAUAAGUAUCAUUAGUAAAUACCUUGAAUUAUAGUCGCUGAUUAAGUUUGCCUUCCUUUUGCACAAUCAUAAUUAAACAUGCGUCGUCUCUCAUAGAGGUGUUAUUGAAGACAGUAGACUCUCUACAGUCAUCUUCACCAGUAGUUGAGGAACCAUCGAUUUCUUUUGCUUACUUAUUCAAAAGUUCCUUUAACACUUCCAAUAUGUACAGAAAUAUUAAUUCAACAGAUAGAUAUUUCGAGAAGCUGUUGUCAAAGUUUUGAUCCGCGCAUAUUGUUAACAUACAUUCAUUGAAAAUUAAUUAUUAGGUUAUUAUUUUGGACGUAUAUGACUUGUAUGGGAAAAUAACGGACCAAAAAGUACAUGUAUAUGUAAAUGUCUAAAUUAAAAUGAAAAAUGACCUCUUCAAGUCUUUGUAUUUUAAGAGCAAAGAUUUCUUGUUUCCUUAACUCAAAACGUAAACUCCCGUCAUUCGCGUAAACGGAACGUAUUAUGUUAACGAACGUGUUAUCUUGAAACGUUGACGCUAUUAUUUUGAAAGGACACAAUUCCUUGGAUUUUUCAAAACUCGACUCGAUUUUUGGAGCUCGACCAAGAUACCCUGCUCAAUGACUUUUGCUGCACCCGAAUCUGUUUCCAAGAGCUAGGUCUUGGUCUUCACUCGUUGGAAAUAUCAGGGGACACGCUGACAGUCUGUAGACGAAGCUGUUGCUCUAGAAGCUUAUUGCGUACACUACCUUUAAUAGGGUAUUGUAAGUUCUUGAGACUAUCAGUGCGUCAACUUAUAACAGCCAAGAUUUCUGCACAUAUGUAAUUAUUCAGUACUUCGAGUGACACGACACUGAUUGGGAAGUGUUUGACCGCUUUCGGGCGAGGUCUGGUCUGUGUUUAUAACCUGUGUUGCGUAUGUGCCGUUGAGGGCGUAGUCACGGUGCUUUGCGUUAUUGUUUAGUCAUGGUUCAGUCAAGUAUAAUGUAGAUGCAUGUAGUUGUAACCCACAGUCUUAACCCUAACCUACAAAAUACAGGCCCGAUAUUCACUAACAGUCAGGCGGACAUGGUGGAAUUGCCAAGUGCUAACGUCAGUCAAUUCCUGGUAGCCAUUAACCUGUGAUUGUUCGCUAAUAUCAUGUCCAUGUUUAUCUUUCGUGAGGGAAAUAAACAUACAUAUAAAAUCUGUUUCAUAAACAGAUAUUGUGUAACUACAAUCAUUCCUUAUUGCAACCGGAAAUAUAUACGUUGGAUUGCUCACAACGUUGUUUUCAUUGGAUUUUGUGUUGUAAUGGAUGCUUGUCCAUCGAAUAUAGAAUGUUUAGUGUUUAUAAAACAGUCAAACAUUGCUUCAGAAUUAUUAAAUGAAAAAGGAUUGCAAGGUUUAUACAAAUUGUCUAAUUGCUAAAAUGGAUGUCAAUAAAACAUGUACAAAAUAAGUGUGAA